AUAAUCAUCUUCGCUCACUGCUACUCUUCAUUGAAGACCAGUCUUCUGUUUUCUUGAGAAAAAGGAGAAGAGGGAAGGAAGGAAAGAAAAGAGAGAUUCAGUUAGCACUAGCAGCAGAGUAUUUUUAUUCAAUCAGGAUCCAUGGAAGGAGUUCAGGCAUGGGUUUCCAAGCACAAGCUCGGCACCAUUGGAGGAAUAUGGGCAGCAGCAGUUGGAGGCUCAUUCGCUGUCAACAAUCGGUCGUCUACUCCGGCUCUGAAGCCCAGUCUUAGGCUCAUCCACGCCAGGAUGCACGCACAGGCCAUAACAUUGGCAGUACUUUCUGGAGCAGCAAUCUACCAUCACUUUCAUGAUCAAAAUUAGGAAGCGACAGUGGCAGGGUUGACUGGAUGACGACGACAAUUUUAUUGGAGGGCUUAGAGUUAUAGAAUCUUUGCUCUUCUGUAUUUCUUUCCUGCACAGGUUAUGUAUGUUCUUAUGGACGGCAUACCUUCUUUCAAUAACAAAAUUUCUUCCAC